AUGCCGUCCGUCGACCUCUUCCUCGGCCCGCUCAUCCAGUGCGCCGAGGCCGCCACCCUCGGAAUGCCCUUCGAAGUAUGGAAAACGCGGAUGGGCCGGUUUCGCCAGGAGGGAACGCUCGAGGCGUUCGCUAACAUCUACAAGCAGGGCGGCGUGCAGGCGUUCUGGGCGGGAACCGGUCCAAAGAUGAUCGAGUCCGGAAGCAAGGGUAUGAUCUUGAUGUACGCCAAGGAGGGCAUCAACGAUAACCUCCGCCGCGCCGGCGUGGGCCCGACCCUCGCGGGCGUCCUCGCGGGCGCCGGCGGAGGCAUCGCGCAGGUCUCCGUCAUGGGACCCUGCACUUAUUUGGUAACCGGAGCCGUCAACAACCCGGGUGUUCCGCUGACGAAAAGAAUCGCGGAGACUUACGCGCGAGGCGGUUUGAAGGCGUUCUACCCGGGCGGUACCGCCAUAGCGUUCCGACAGGCCACCAACUGGGCGUCGCGCCAGGGGUUCACCGAGUUUAUCCGUCAUCGGAUGAAGGUUGCGAUGCACGGCGACCAAAACGCGAGACUGACCAAAGCGCAGGAAGUCGGCGCGGGCGUCAUCGGCGGGACGCUGGCGUGCUGGAACCACCCGUUCGAGGUGGCGCGGAUCGAGGCGCAGACGCUCGGUAACAUGGGUAAGCCCGUGGGCAGCAUGGUCACGGUGAUGAGGGACAUCGUGCGCGUGGACGGCGUCGGCGGGUUGUUCCGGGGCAUCGUCCCGCGCGUCGGGCUCGGCAUCUGGCAGACGCUGUUCAUGGUGACGGGCGCGAAGCUCAUCAAGGAUGAGCUGCAGAAGCGCGAGUGGAUCGCGGUGCCGGAGGUGCAGGUGGCGUCGCCGCACGAGCCCAAGAUCGACCCGAAGAAGAAUAAGGACCAGUGA